AUGGUUGUGAAACUCUUGAAGAGAUCUAAAGCCCAAGGACUGAAUCCAAAGGUACCACCAGGGCCAUGGAAGCUGCCACUCAUUGGCAAUUUACACCAGUUGAUUGGUUCAUCACCACAACAUGCUUUAAGAAACUUGGCCAAGAAAUAUGGACCCAUCAUGCAACUACAACUAG